CCCCCCCCCCCCCUACUACACACAUACACCCUUUUGGGCUUAAAAUAGAACUCCAAAGCAAAACCCCCAUCAAUUAGCUUCAUUCAGUGUUCGGCUUCUUAGCUUUCUUGUCCCAAAUUGAGAGCUUACCAUUUUCCAAUAAACUCUUUUCUACCUUUCUUUAUUUCAUGCUAUUAUGCCUCAAUAUGCUUCACUAAUCUUUUUGCAAAGUAGUCUCUAAAUUAUGAUUACUUUUAAUUAGCUACCUUAAAAUAAAUAACCUCCCACCAAACAAUCUCAACUUUUACAAUAUUGUUUUUAUCUCUUUGAAGGUCAGUCCAAAUUAUGGUUUCUACUUCUCCUGAACCUAAGGAAGUAUUUUCUGUUGACGUGUGUCAGGAUAAGGGUCCUCCUCGUCAAGCCAAAUGGUGGUACUCAACCUUCCACACCGUCACCGCCAUGGUCGGUGCCGGUGUUCUCAGCCUCCCUUAUGCCAUGGCUUACUUGGGAUGGGGACCAGGGACUGUAGUUAUGAUACUAUCAUGGUGCAUCACUCUAAAUACAAUGUGGCAAAUGAUACAGCUACACGAAUGUGUUCCCGGGACACGCUUCGACCGGUACUACGACCUCGGUAAAUACGCCUUCGGGCCGAAGCUCGGCCCUUGGGUGGUGCUCCCUCAGCAACUGAUUGUUCAAGUGGGAUGCGAUAUUGUGUACAUGGUCACUGGAGGAAAGUGCCUAAAGAAUUUCAUGGAGAUAGCAUGCACCAACUGUGUUAAGCUUAGGCAGUCUUACUGGAUUAUCAUUUUUGGGUCAAUCCAUUUCUUCCUUUCUCAACUCCCUAACUUCAAUUCUGUUUCUGCUGUUUCUUUAGCUGCUGCUGUUAUGUCACUCAGUUAUUCAACAAUAGCAUGGGUAGGUUGCUUAGCCAAAGGUCAAAUUGAGAACGUGAGCUAUGGUUACAAAAACACAAGCAACGUUGACUUCAUGUUCCGAGUCUUCAAUGCACUAGGACAAAUUUCAUUUGCCUAUGCUGGACAUGCAGUUGUGCUUGAAAUCCAGGCCACCAUGCCAUCCACUCCUGAGAGACCAUCGAAGGUAUCGAUGUGGAAAGGCGCGUUAGGUUCCUAUUUCGUAAAUGCACUCUGCUAUUUUCCUGUGGCAUUUAUAGGUUACUGGGCAUUUGGCCAAGAUGUUGAUGACAAUGUGUUGAUAGGACUCAAGAAGCCUGGUUGGCUUAUCGCCUCUGCUAAUCUGAUGGUCGUCAUCCAUGUCAUUGGCAGCUAUCAGGUAUAUGCAAUGCCCAUCUUUGAUAUGCUUGAGAAUUUGAUGAUAAAAAAACUAAAAUUCCCACCAGGACUUACUCUUCGACUCAUUACUCGAACAAUCUACGUUGGUAAUUUAACUAAUUUUUUUAUUUUCACUAGUCUCCUGAUCAAUUUUUUUUCAAGAAAUUUUUUCUUCAUGACCGUAGUGAUGAUUGAUCACUACACAUGCCUUGCAGGGUUAACUUUAUUUCUCGGAGUCACCUUCCCUUUCUUUGGAGAUCUCCUCGGUUUCUUUGGUGGAUUCGGCUUUGCUCCAACCUCGUACUUUCUUCCUUGUGUCAUUUGGCUCGUCAUCAAGAAACCAAAGAGAUUUAGCGCUUCUUGGUUCAUCAACUGGGCAUGUAUAAUCAUUGGGGUGCUCAUCAUGCUGGCAUCAACAAUCGGUGGGCUUCGAAACAUCGUUAUGGACUCCUCCUCUUACAGCUUCUACUCCUAAGUAAAACAUAAUCUUUGUAAAACUGUAACU